UUUCAGUUAGGUUUGAUCGUUUGUAAAAGAAAGUAAUCUCAAGCAUAUCACACAAUAAAUUUAAGAGUUAAAACAUGGCAAAAGCUCUUUGGUUCAUCAUCUGGUUGGUCAUUCUUUUGAUCUUCUCAUUCUGGAUUGCUGGUUUCAUCGCUUUCUUCUACAUUAUUUUAUAUCCAAUCACUGUCUGCAUUCCAGAUUUGAGUGUGGUCACUGAUUUCCUUCUGAAGUGUAUUCAAUUCCCCAAAAUCUGUGCCGAGAACAUGAUGGAGGGAAAACCUUUGUUCUAAGUCUUUUUUUCAUAGUCAACAAUAACUUUAUCCUAUAACGAAGCCAAUCAAAAUUUUUACAUACAAAAAAUACAAAACGUUGUGUUCUGAAAUUCAAUAAUUUUAAUAAUAAAUAAAGAUUUUUUUUUCCAUAUUUCGCUGAAUUUUAAAGAAAAACAAA